CCCACACCGCCCUCCCUUGCGACCCCGGGGGGACCCCAGUGGGCGGGUGACCCGCAGUCUGGGGUCCCGGAGCAGCCCCCACCCGCCCUCCGCCGUGCCCCGCGGUGACGCAGAGCCGCCGAGCGGUGCUUUCCCAACCGGGAAGUCAUUUUGUGUGAGCCGGCUCGGCUGGGCCUGAGCCGCCGUCCCUGCGGCUGCCGCGGCCGGGCCCCCGCCCCGCGGCGCGGCGCCGGACACAGCUCCCUGCAGGGGCGGUCCAUCCCCACCGGCUCAGCCACCCCGACCAGGUCCCCCACCCGUCCCCAUGGAGUGACCCCGUGCGGGGGUCUCUGCACCGGCGCAGCCCCCCGGCUGGGAGCGAAGCUGGACGCCACCGCGAAUAUGAGCGACUUCUGGCACAAGCUGGGCUGCUGCGUCGUGGAGAAGCCACAGCCCAAGAAGAGGAGGAGGCGGAUCGACCGCUCCAUGAUCGGGGAGCCCAUGAACUUCGUGCACCUGACGCACAUCGGCUCUGGAGACAUGGCCGCGGGAGAAGACCUGCCCAUGAGCGGUGCCGUCCAGGAGAUGAGGUCCAAGGGCGGCCGGGAGCGACAGUGGAGCAGCUCCCGCGUCUUGUAGCAUAUUCCUGGCUUUUUCAGCCCAAACUUGAACUGCCUGAUCCCCCAACCGGAGGAGAAGCCGACCUCGAGUGCUUUAACCCCGCGGCAAUUUCUGCAGAGCCAUCCUCGCCCGGCUCCCGGUGGCUUUUGGCUGUGUCCCCCCGGCAAAUCCCCCCGUCCUGGGGACAUCGGGUUGGGGACAACAGCCCCCGCCUCGCGCACGACCAGGAUCUCAGCCACAAGGACGCAGCCGCCCUCCCGGAGCCGCCGGGCACAGCCGAGAUGUGCCAAAUCCUGCCCGUUUUCCCUCAUUUCCACGCCGGCAUCUCCCGUGGGGCCCCGGCGCCUCGGUUUCCCUGCGGCAUCCCAGCGAGGCCGGUCCCGCUGCUGCGGCUGCUUUGGUGCCCUCCCGGAAAGGCGCAGAAGAGCAAAACUGGGACUAAACCCCAACGCUUCAAUGCAAAACCGGGAUUAAACCGUGAUGCUUCGGCGUCUCACCAGCAGCAGCUCAGCGCCGAAACCACCACUGAGCCCACGGUGCUUCCAGCCGGCGUUUCCAGCCCCGGUAAACCACCACCUUUCUUCUUUUUUAGGAUAUAUAUUGUUUUUUAAGCUCAAAAACCCAACUCAGCGGCCUCCACCGCCUCGGAGGCAGGACCGCGGUGGGAUCUGCGCCGGGGUUUCACCGGCACCGGCCGAGGCAGGACGGGGCCCGACCCGAGGAGGGGCGUGGGCUCCCGAAUUCGGGUGCGGGUGUAUAUAAUUUAAAUAGCGCCGGGAUUAAAUAUUAAAUCGCACGUGCCGGGCACCGCGGCCGGGGGGCAGCGGCUGCUGCCGCGCUCCACGCCGGUCGCUCCUGCGCGGCGCCGGGCUUUGCCACCCUGCGGCACGUUCGGUGUUGGGAAGUGAGUGCCGAUGCUUGGUUUGGUUUUCCCUCCCCUGGGAAAUAAACACCCCCCCUUGAAAUAAA